AUGCACUCUUCCAAACCCUGGCAAAGACAAGCAGGUCACUCCAGGGCUACGGAGCCCCCCAAGCUCGUCCAGGCCUUGCGCGGCAGACUCUUGAACCGGGUCGACUCCGUCUACCAGCGCGGCUUCGACACCAUCCUUGCCUGCAAAAACUUCCCGCUUCCAUCGCAUCCCACUCCACACUCUCCUCAUUGGGUCGUCGUCAUUGCGGAACUCUCUCUCAACCAUCCCGCAGCUUCCAGCGUGCUGUGUACCGGCUACCCUUCCUUGAUCAAGAUCUGCGCCUUGUUUCUGCGGAAAGGCCACGCAUCCGAUCCCGUUGAGGUCGAUGAAUGCCAGCUCUUAGCCAGCCAAGUGUGCCAAGAGUUCGGGGCCUCAAAUACGAUGGUCGAGGAAGGAACCGAGUCGGAGAGGUUCCUGUCGAUGCUAGGAGCCCCAACGAUUCCGUGUUCCUUCUCUCUGAAAAGUCACUGGCGACACAAAGAGCUGGUCCCGAUGUCCGGGAUGGUCAUCGACAGCCGUCCCACGGUCCCAGGGACAUCCGUGUCGGUGAUAUGGACUGGGCUGGAACUCUUCGUCCUCGUCCCUUCCUCCACAUCCAGCAGCACCUCGCCGUCCUGGGCCGCCGACACCCGGAACCCGCUCCGCCUCGCCCACUUGCUCGCCCAUCCCAGUCGUUCAGGUUCUCCGACGAUUUGGACCGUCUCAUUUAACGAAGGCUUUCUGAAUUCUCAAGCUAUGAAUGUGUUGAGCCUCGACGAAGCUGCGGCCGACCCAUCCUUUUCUGGCAUCUUAUGA